GACUCCAGCGGUUCCAUCGGCUUCCUUCAUGGAGGUGUUGGCCGCGGCGAAACCAGCUGAGUUAACGUGCGGCGCAGACAUGUAUCCCUUUGGUGGCACGGAUGCGACCCCACAGUGCACAACUUCCACCGAAGGCUCACCGUUCUCUUCGAGUUGUACCUAUGAACAGUUCAACAACCAAGUUUUUGAGAGCACUUGUUGGUGGCCCUUUCAGGCAGGCACUGAUUACUGUGCGGAUACCUUUGACGGAAAGGCUUCGAAUCAAGUGACCUUGGAAGGCUUGAUGAGCAGCAACAACGCAGAAUUGGCCCAGGUUGCCGAGGAAGUCGUGGACCAGAAGAGUGCCUGCUUUACUGCCAUGCCCGCCCAGCUCUGCCCGAAGUAUGUUUGCGUGUCAUCCGGGGGGCCACACCGCAAGUGCUAUGAGACCAGUGGAAAGUCUUGUCAAGUCACAGAAGGCACGAGCACUGACACGGUGGAAUGCUCUGACUGGACGGUGGGCCAACGCUUCUGCAUUGCCAGCUUGGCGGAGGCAGGCCAAUCAGGUCGGAUGAUGCCCAUCCAAAACUUUGCCAUUCAGUGGGAGUGCUGCCAGUCAGGUGGGGAGACCGGAGACCCUCACAUCAGCACCAUGGAUGGGAAGCACUACACCAUGCUGCAAGAAGGCACCUUCAAGUUGUGGAGUUUGUCCAACUUCAGCACCGAGUACCUCUCCUCUGAGCGCCACGACGGUUCUGUGCCCAAAAUGAAGAACGCCAAGGUGGACUGGGAGGUUUUCGUCCACUACUCCACUGGACGCAGCUUUUCCAAAGGCCUCUUGUUGGUGGACAAGUCCCUGGGUGAACGACGACAAGUCUUGGAGCUGACCUCGGAGACCUGCAGGUGGCGAAGCAAGAUGGGCGAGCACGGUGAAUGGACUCCCUUAGAAAAGCCCAUGCCAGUCUUUAUGGCAGACGGUGUCGAUUUUGUGACCGGUUUCAAUCUGAGUUCCACUGGGAGGAAGAACGGACAGAUGGACGUGAGGUUCAUGAUGAACUCUAAGUUUGGUAUCAAGCGUGUUGCCACUCUGAAGAUUAGCUGCAAGCCUGGACAUUACAUCAACAGCAAGCUGCGCUUGGACAAGACCUUCCUGAAGGAGAAGGUUCGCGGUCAGAUCAGCCCUGGACGCCGCAUUAUCUCCGACAAGUGGAAAAAGAGCGGGAACAUCUCGGAAACCCUCACGGAGAUGAGGAGGAUGUCCAGCCUUCAGAUGAUGCAAGACCAGGAGUUCUUUGUCGAUGACAGCUGGGUGAAUGUGGGUGGGAGCAACCAAGCCUCCUUGUACCUCUCAGAGGUGGACGAGCAAGUCACAGGCGAGCGCUCGUUGGUGACGACCUGUUCCGAACAGGCUGAGGAUGUCGCGAAGAAGACCUGCAUGAAAUGGAUGGGCGAAAGCAUCAUCAACGCCACCGGUCAUCUACGAGACAGCUUCACGGACUGCAUCUUCGACGUCUGCGCCGGCGGCGGCGAGGCGGCGGCUGAGCUGGCGGCGGAGAUCAUGGAGGAGGACGACUACUGAGGUCGAUGAUGCAAUGAGCAGCGGUGACACACAACUCAAGAUAGUUACCCUCUGGCAAACUAAUAUAGCUGUG